AUUCGAUUGUCACGUACGAUACCGUUGAAGAUAUAUUUAUUUGCAGCAAUGGCUGUACCGGAUUAUAAACUUAGUGCAGUUUUAUAUGGUCAUUCCUUAGACGUGCGAUGUGUGGCGAAGACCAAAGAAUGUUGUAUAUUAUCUGCCUCUCGCGACCGAACCGCUAAAUUAUGGCACCCUGAAGGGGUUAAGGAUUUCGUCAACGCAGUCACUUACAAAGGGCACAAAAACUUCGUUUCAUGUAUUUGUUGGUUGCCGCCUUGCGAAGCUUUUCCGGAGGGCAUCGUAGUGACCGGCAGCAACGACAAUACAAUUCUAGGCUAUAACUUACAAGAUGGCAGCGUCGUGUUGACCCUGGAAGAUCACGAAAAUGCCGUGUGUAGUGUUACACCAGGUUCUGAUCCGGGAAUUUUGUUGAGUUCAAGUUGGGACAGCACAGCUAAAGUAUGGAAUGUGAACAAUCCCCAUGCCACUCCAUUAACUCUGAAAGGUCACCAAGCAGCAGUGUGGGCAGUUGUGGAGCUGGGUAACGGAACUUAUGCCACAGCCUCUGCUGAUAAAACUAUUAAACUGUGGAAAAAGGAUGGAUCUCUUAUAACUACACUGACAGGUCACACUGACUGUGUGCGAGGACUGGCUGUGGCUGGCCCAGACUCGUUCCUGAGCUGCUCUAAUGACGCCUCCAUCAGACUGUGGGCUAACAAAGGAGAGUGCCUUAACACUUACUAUGGACAUUCUAAUUAUAUUUAUAGUAUAAGCAUUCACCAAGGCCUGAACGGCUUUGCAACUUGCGGAGAGGACGGCUCUGUGCGCCUCUGGUCCGCCGGCGACUGCGUGCGAGAGAUCCGCCUGCCCGUGCAUUCUGUCUGGAGCGUCAUUUGCAUGGACAACGGGGACAUUGUUACUGGUUCCAGCGACGGCCUAGUACGUGUUUUCACCAAAGACCCGGCUCGCUACGCUGACGAAGCGACGCUCAAGCAGUUCGAAGAAGAUGUUGAGAAGCUGGCAGCUGCCUCACAGCAGGAGAUCGGAGGAUUCAAGCUCUCUGAAUUGCCUGGCCCAGAAGUCCUUCUAGAGCCUGGCAAAACAGACGGGCAGACCAAACUAAUCCGUCGUGGGACAAACGUGAAAUGUUACUCGUGGAACGCGGCCGCUUGCAGUUGGGACGAGGUCGGAGACGUCAUGGGAGCUAACCCACCCACUGAGGGCAAGACCAUGUUCCAAGGGAAAGAGUAUGACUUCGUGUUCAGCGUGGACAUCAAGGACGGUGCCCCGCCACUGAAGCUGCCGUUCAACAAGACUGAGGACCCCUGGGUCGCCGCACAAGCCUUCAUACACAAACAUGAUUUGCCUCAAGUGUAUUUAGAACAAGUUGCAAACUUCAUCAUCACAAAUGCUAAGUUGGAUUCGCUGCCCGCUUCAAGUAAUGGAUACUUCGACCCUUUCACCGGGGAGUCCCGCUACGUGCCGGGCACGGAGUCCCGCGCCGCGGGGUUGCCCGCGCCCUCCGCCGCGGACCCGUUCACGGGCGCCGGCGCCUACUCCACCGCCGCCACGCAGCCCGCCCCGCAGUCUGAUGAGAAGCCGCUCAUACCGCACGACGCCUACAUCAGAUUUGACCAAGCGAACCUGACAGCGAUCCAUGACAAGCUGAAAGAAUUCAACAGCAAAGUUGGCGAUGGGCUGAGCGCUCUGACUGAACAACAAUUAGCUGAUAUUGUCAAAUUAGGCGAACUGAAUAGCACUUACAAUCCAGAAACGAUAGCAUUAUUAAAGAAAACUUUAGAAUGGCCAAAAGAAAUCCUCUUCCCAGUAUUGGACGUGACGAGGUUAGCGGUUAGGAACAAAGAAGUGAACGGUCAAAUAUUCGACACGACCUAUGGGCCCGACUUCGUCAAAUACUUAAUGACUUUAUUAGCUCCAGGCAAUAUCCCAGCGAACCAAAUGCUAGCGAUGCGCGUGCUAGUGAACGCGUUCAGCGACCUGCCCGGCGAGAUGCUCGUGCUAGCCGCGCGCGAGUCAUUAGUUCACUGCAUCAUCUGUCUCACGCAGCUCAGCGCCAACGCUCAGAUAGCAGCGGCGUCUCUCUUAUUGAACUUGUCAGUGGCCCUCGCGCAACAGAGCGACUCGGCCGACCUCGCAGAAGGCAUUCUGAACCUGCUUAGCAAGAUUACAGACAAUGAAGCUUAUUUCAGGGGCCUAGUCGGUCUCGGCACGCUGCUCGCCGAAGCGCCCAACCGCCUCGUGAUCCAAACCAAGAUUGUCUCUAACCCCGCCGUGCACAACCGACUCCAGAAGGACAGUGGCGACGCCAACAAGAUCGCAGUCUGCUCCCGCCAGAUACUCAGCCUUUUAUAAUAACGACUUGCAUUAGCAUAUGAAGAAGUUUCUACAUCAUCGGUUUUCACUAAAAUCCGAUUCGCACAA